AUGCAUAUCCCCCGGAGGUUCUUCUGCCUGAUCGUCAUUUGCCUGGCCCUCCUGGCCGGCGUUGAGUCGCGCAGGAGCGGCUACCGCUUGCCAAAGAUCCAGGGACGCAGUGCCUCCGACAGCAGUCCCUCGCGUCAGGACGUGGGCAGCGGUCGGGAUUUCAUGAAGAAGUUCAUGAUGAUGAGGGGUUUGUUCCAACAGCCCAGCGACAAUGUGAUCAUAAUUACAAAUCCACCGUCCACAACCACAACCACAACGACGGGGAACACGCCAACUUCAACCACAACCACAACAACAACCACACCCACGAGCAACACCACAGGCAGAUCUUUCGAUGAUAAAGCCGAAGUGCAAGAACCUGUACCCGUAGCCACGAUGAGUGCCCUAGAAGGCCUGGAGGAUCGCCUGGAUCUACCGGAGGCAGACCCACUGGUGGUCCAGGAGGUGACAACCCACAAGCCAAAAAUGCAAAAGAGAUUCAGGGUCAAGAAACUGCAGAGAAGCCAUGCGAGAAAGACCCAGGUCCGGCGACACAUCCACAGGCACCACAAGAACAAGAGCCAGCGGAGCCAGAAGAAGGUGCCGAAGAGCGGUAAGAAUCCAGAGGCGGCAAUCGUAAAUCACCAACGUAACAGCGAGGUGAACUUCAUCGAGCCAUAUCACAACGAUCGGCCCCAGAGGCAGACGAGUCAGUCUGGCUCCGAUUCGCGGCUUCAGCGCAUCUGGCGACGCUUUCAGAUAGCCAACUGA